CACAACACUGGCAAGGCACACGAUGGCAGCGACGACAACUCAAACCGAAUUCCAAAAGAAUUUUCGCUUAAUUGUUGAAAGAAUCUUUAACAAUUGGCAAAAUCUGCGCUUGGCCGUCGAGCAUGGGAUGGGCGGACGCAAUGGCCAGCAGAUGGCCAUACAAAUCAUGGACUACACAUAUGAGUACUGCGUGGGCAACGAGAACAUAACGCAGGGUGAGCUGCAGGAGGUGAUUGAAGAGCUGAUGGAUCAGGAAUUUAAUACGCUGUGCGACGAUCACUCCAUACCCGAAAUAUGCCGCAAUCUGCUGCGUUACAAGCAAAUGGCGCUGGCCUCCCAGUACCCACAGAUCGAAACAGAGCUCAGCAAAUUGCCGCAGGGCAAAGAUUGGCUCCGACCCGAUGUCAAAAUAACAUACACUCCCAUUGAAGGGGACUCGUCAUCCGACGAGGACAUGGACGACGAUGAAGAGGAUGCUGACGAUGACAUGAAUGCUGCUGAGAGCGACGAGGACGCGGUCGCAACAAGCAGCGGCCGUGUAACACGUUCCCAGACGCGCAAGCAACAAACGGAAUCGUUUGUGGAGCCAGAAGAAGGGUGGACGACAGUGCGUCGAAAGUAAAUAUAGGGGAGUUAUAAUAGUUAGUUAUAA